AUGAACCCGCCCUACAACCCCGGCCCCGGCGGCCCCUACGCGCACUACCCGCAGCCGCCCUCGGCCGGUCCCCCGCCGCACGUCGGCCAGAUCCCGGCACACCCUACAGCACCCCAGUACGCUGCGUACCUGCCCCACAACCCGUACCCCCAUCCCUAUUCCUAUCCGCCCUACGUCCAGUCCCAGGGCAUCCUCGCCUACCCGCCCCAGCGUCCGCCGUCGCAGGAGGACGUCACCCCGCCCGAUCAGCCCCCGUCGUCCGCGUCCGCGUCCAAGUCGGGCCGCAAGCGCAAGGGCUCGGAUCGCCGCGGCACGGGCGACAGGACGUCCGAGGACGAGGCCGACGUGAAGAAGCGCACCAAGACUCAACGCGCCUGCGACAGCUGUCGCAGUCGAAAGAUCAGGUGCGACGUCCUCACCGACGCGGAUCCUCCCGUUUGCCAGCAUUGCAAACAGUAUGGGUUCGACUGUACCUUUUUCUUGCCCAUUACCGAGACGCGCUUCAAGAAGAAGCGCCUCGAAGAGGAGGCCGCCGCAGCGGCCGAGAAGGAUAAGGAAGAACGUGAUCGUACGUCCUCGCCCCGAGAACGCGAUGUUCGGAUCUACGGUCCGACGUCUCCCGCGCACUUGCUUCACUCGCAGGUGAACCUCUCUUCGCACAUAUAUGAGUCUUACGACACCCGCUACCAUCACAAAUGGGAAGUAUCCGGCACUGGUGACGGCCUCAUCCAGAUCCACGACCCCCCGACGCCCGAGGACCCGCACCCGGCGCCGCCCAAACCGCUCGACCUUCGAAUCGAGCGCGACGUAAUCGAGAAGCUCAUCAACGCCUACUUCAAUGAAGUCGCGCCCAACAUGCCCGUCGUUACCCGCACCGAGUUCCUCGCGAAUCAGCAGCCGCCGCCGGUGUUACUGUACUCGAUGUGUCUCGUCGCCGCCGCGAGGCGCGAGGUACCGCAAAGCGUGUUUGACUCGGUCAGGUACGCCGUGAACGGGCUGAUCAAGGGCGAGGAGGUGCUCUCGACGGCGUCUAUCGUCAACGUGCAAGCCCUGUUGAUCCUGUGUAUGCUGGCGGACUGCCAUUCGGCGCAUGUACCGCAGGCGCUGUCGGCGUUAUGGAUACGCCUCGGCAGUGCCAUCCGGAUGGCGCAGGACCUGGGCCUGCAUCGUGCAGAGUCGGUGAAACGCGACAUCGAACUUCGCCGGCGAUUAUGGGGGAUAUGCGUCAUAUCAGAUAGAUGGACGAGUCUGGCGUACGGUCACCCGUAUAUGAUCGAUGUCCAAGAUUGCGACGCUCGGUUACCGUCAUCCGGCGACCCCAAUGACGUGUACAUGGACGAAUUAAUGCGCCUCAGCAUCCUGCUCGGACGUGUGCUCAAGACGGUCUAUAGCCCCUCGGGAUUAAUGCUCGCCACGGAUGAGAUCUUGCAGUCCCUGUUGGAUGACAUCGAGGCAUGGAAGGCGAAUCUUCCGCCCAACCUCCAGUACCGUGGCAUCGACGGGAACCGGCAAGCCGGUUUGCUGCACUUGCUGUAUUCGUGCGUCCUCAUGAUCUUCUGGCGAGUGUUCAUGAGGAUCUCGUACUCGUGCCCCGAACACCUCAAAUUUUCGCUGACGGUCGAGCACUGGUCGAACCUCAUCCGGCUCACGGGCGAGGCGAUCGACUGGCUCGACUCGCAUGAGCAGAUGUACGACGUCUGGUUGCUGGUCGCGUAUGCCAGCACGUCGUGUGCGCUCGUUCAGUACCAUACCUGGGCUCGGCGCAAGGAUGCGAACGCGGCCGCGAAGCUGAGGCAAUUGCGGGAUUGCGUGCGGCGAUGGGAGAGCUCGCUCUCGCCCGAUCACAUGUCCGCGCGUCGCAAGACCGCAGAGAUCAUCACUCUACUGUACGAGGCGACUCAGGGCCCGCCGAGCGACUUGACGGCGGCGCCGCUGAACCCGACGGGCGGCGUCGUGAACAAGCAGCCGCUUGGCGGGCUCGAGUACAAGAAGGACCCAUCGCGACCGGGCGGAGGGGUGUACGUCGCGCACGGAACGAGCAAGCGCGAGCUCGCGGACUUGCCGCCUGGAACGGUGGUGGCGAGCUCCGACGGCGAGGACUCCGAAGGUGAGGACACUGCGGACCCCGGCGCGCGCGAAGAUGGCGAUGAUGCGAGCGGUGACGCUGCCUCAACAGCUGCUCGUCAGGCGCAGGUUCGGACACAGCAGGACUCGACCAUGGCUGAGGUGCAGGAAGCGGGCACUAACGGCGCUGUGGCGGGUCCGAGCAGUAACGGCAACGCCAACAACAGCUUGGUGAACAUCACCCCGCUCGGGGGUGGCGGGUUCGGGCCCAACGUGAACCCAGCAAUGAACCCCGGGAUAGGCCAGACGGGGAACAGCGUGCAGGUGCUGAACGUGCUGAACGCGGACGUGCCGACGGAGAACCAGACGGCGACGAGCAUGAGCCUGGAGCAGUUUGCGAUGGCGGACACGGGCUUUUUAGAGGGGUUGCCUGGGGGCAUGUUCGACUGGGGCCAAUGGGACAACUUUUUCUCGCGAUUCGCUGGGACGGGCGUGGACGGUCAGGCGCAGGGGAUGCCUGCCGGAUUCCCUGGCAGCGGGCCUCAGCAACCGACCCCCGAAGCGAGCACGACGAGCGGGGCGACGCCACCCAACCUGAGGAAAGGUAGUUCGGGGCACGCGCAGCCCGAGCCGGGGCUGCAAUAGUUUGGCGGAGGAUCCGCGCGAUUGCUUGGCGUCCGAGUCGAGCGAGGACUAUGAAAUCAUAAUCAGCUGCCUAUUGUAAUUAAUCCUGUCUCGCUAUUCUUGCAACGGGCUCCGAAUCGAAACGGUGUAAUUGUUGCUGCUGC